GUCACAUUAUAUAAUAUAUAAGUUUUGGAGUCAACUUUCAGGCUCAGUAAAUAGAGGAGUUAGCGGUCUAGUGUAUAGUAUAAAUGUCUAUGGGCGAACGGUUGCCUAGGUACCGCAAACGAACGAAUGUGUUUGGCGUAAACAAAGCUGGUUUGUCAGUGGCUGGGACUGCGCAUCUUGGGACGUUCUUCGUCGUUUGACAGUUGAUCUCGUGCAAAAUGACAUCGCUCGACCUGCGGCAACAGAAGCUGGAACAACAGAGACAGUUAAUUGCACAGAAGAUGAAGCAGAAGAGGCAAACUGGCGCUAGUGGAAUGGUGCAAGCGUCUAAUGUAUCCAGCGCACAGCUCACAAGUCAUUCGAACAAAUGGAUGAAUCCAAACAAGGAACUUCAUGCAUAUGAUGGCCCAUUACAAUAUGCUAUGUUUCAAACAAACACAGAUGUAGGAUCUUAUGCGGAAAGGAAAAAUAGUGAAGGGACAAUCAAUGCAAGUAACGAAAGAGGCUUAUAUGAAGGUUCCCAAAGCACUGAUUGUGCCGAUGAAGAAUCAUCACCUAUAGAUCUGCACUCACCUUCGGAAUCUCUGUUAUGUUCCUCACCACUUCGAGUGGCUCCAUCGGAUGGAGCCAAUACUGUUAUUAAUAGAGAAAAUAACUCUUCCAGUCCAGAAUUGGAAGGGAAUGUAGAAGGCAAUAUCGAACAAUUUGUGCUGCAACCGGCGAAUAAAAAGAUGCAUUACAAAUGUCGAAUAACGCGCGACCGAAAGGGAAUGGACCGUGGUCUUUAUCCGACUUACUUCUUGCAUUUAGAGCGUGAUUAUGGAAAAAAGAUUUUCCUAUUGGCUGGCCGAAAAAGGAAAAAAAGCACAACGAGCAAUUACUUGAUUUCGACCGAUCCUACAGAUCUCUCGAGAGGAGGAGAAUCUUACGUCGGUAAACUCCGAUCAAAUCUUUUGGGGACACAGUUCACAGUUUACGACAAUGGAUACUCAUUGAUGAAAGACGACAAACGUGACGAGCGUUUUAAUCCACGGCAAGAAUUAGCCGCGGUGGUGUACGACACGAAUGUUUUAGGUUUUAAAGGACCGCGUAAAAUGACAGUCAUUAUACCUGGUAUGACGCCUGAUCAAAAACGAGUAGAAAUAUGUCCGCGGGUUGAAUCGGAAACUCUACUUGAACGAUGGAAAUUAAAACAAAUGGAUAAUCUAAUAGAGUUACAUAAUAAAACUCCUGUAUGGAACGAUGAUACACAGUCUUAUGUGCUGAACUUUCACGGUCGAGUAACUCAGGCAUCUGUAAAAAAUUUCCAAGUCGUUCAUGAUAGUGAUGUGGAUUAUGUUGUAAUGCAGUUUGGACGUGUUGCGGAAGAUGUUUUUACAAUGGAUUACAGAUUUCCUCUUUGUACAGUUCAAGCAUUCGCCAUCGCUCUGAGUAGUUUUGACAGUAAAUUAGCAUGCGAAUAACAACCCGAACGUUAUUGAUCGAACUGUCAGUUAAGUAUAUACUUACCUACGAAUUACUGUAUCAUUCUAAAUAUCAUUAGCUUUCUAAUGGACAAUCAGAUUACCAGGUACCAGUCUGAACAUGGUACUCGAUAUUGAACUGUUUUCUAAGAUAAAAUAUGAAACGAAAAUCGCUCUAAAUGUGUGUUCACUUUUCAUAUUUCAUAAUAAGUCUAUUUCUAGACUAAAUGUGUACAAUGUGGAAUGAUGACUUUAAUAUAAAAGUGUUAAAUUUGCAUGAGAAUUUCAAUGGCGUUAGUGUUAAAAUAUUGCACAUUAUGUUUUGGAAUAUUUUCAAUACUUUAAAAUUAAUUGCCAAUAUAAAAUGAUGAUUAUCGAUGUAAAAAAUGACGGUAUGAAUUCCUUGGCCAGUAAUUCAGGAAAAUAAUGCAGUAUAUAUUUGUUAUAUCAAUGCAGUAUGUUAGACAUUUGACAUAUAUUUUUAUGAAUAACUCAUAUAUGCACAUAGAGUGUUUAUAAAUAAUGAAUUGUGAGUAUAUGAUUUUAUAGUGCCUUGGCAUAAUAUUCACUGUGCUUUCAAAAGACCAUGUUCAUAUUUGUCCAUUGGUAUUUUUUAUUACAAAUAGCAAAGCUAUUUAUAAGGGCUAUUCAUGAUAUAUAUAAGAUUUGAAAAAAAAA